GACAUCCAUGUAUACGGAAGUUGUGCAGCAGCAGCAGCAUGAGUAGCAGCAGCAACGUGUUGACGGUGUAAACAGAAAUGAUCAGACACGUGUUCUUGACAGGACCGCCAGGUGUGGGGAAAACCACUCUGGUCCAGAAAGCCUGUGAAGCUCUGGUGUCAUCAGGCCUGGGAGUUGAGGGGUUUUACACAGAGGAGGUCAGGGAGGGAGGCCGCCGAGUCGGCUUUGAUGUCGUCACCGUGACGGGAGAGAGGGGCCACCUGUCCAGAAUCAGAGACGGUGCUGCUGCGUCUCCUGGAAGACGGGAGUACACAGUGGGGCAGUAUGUGGUCGACUUGCCUUCAUUUGAAAAUCUGUCCCUCCCCCUCUUCCGAAAUGUCGGGGCGGCAGAUGGGGGCAGCAGGAAGGUGUUCAUCAUUGACGAAAUUGGCAAAAUGGAGCUUUUCAGCCAGUCGUUCAUCAGAGCAGUGAGACAGACUUUAGAAAGCUCGUCCUGCACCAUCCUGGGCACCAUCCCCAUCCCCAAGGGUAAACCGCUGGGUCUCGUGGAAGAGGUGCGGAGCCGGGGAGAUGUCAAGGUCUUUGCCGUGUCCAAGGAGAACAGGAACACUAUCCUGCCGGACAUUUUAGCAGCACUACAAGAAUGUUUAAAACAUGCAUCCUAAUGUGAAGAAUCCCAACCCUGCACUUUGCGUGUGCUUUAUUUUGUGCUGACAACAAGUUUUUAUUUGUGUCAGUGUGUAUACAGCACACGCAGCCAGACUGUUCAGUGGCUCCACUACACGCACCUCAUAACAGGGUUGUGACCUAACCCGAAGAGCUGCUAAAAGAGUUAGAGUGUCACAUGCAUGCAUUUAUGUACACAAUUCAUUUUUUUCCCUCCAUCCUCAUACCGACUCAAAAUGGAUUGCCUGCUGAAUAAUUGAUUGUGAGCUGGAGCACAGUGCGGGGCAAUUGUUCUGGGUAUAAGUGUAAACCACGAGCAGAGUCAAAGACGGCUUAGUCCUCAAAACAACUGGGUUUUAUUUCAUUUUUAUUUCUAAUUUAUGGCGACUACUGCAGGCACUUCUCGUUUUGAGUGUGUGAUAUUCAUUUGUUCAUUAGGACGAGCGGUGCUAGUUUUCUCUCUUAGAAAACAAAGCAGCGCCGCGGUUCAUUCAUUAUUUCUUCUUGUGAGCCUCCCUCGUGUGUCUAGUCAACCUGAGGAUGCGCUCUUUGAAAGUCGAUCAGUAUUUAAUGGUACGACUGUGUCCCGUACCUUUCAUGGUUUAUUCAUCCACUAGCAUGGACAAGGAAAUUGAUAAAUAAACAGUUACUGUCUUCUAACAAGGACGUGGUUUCAUUUCUUAUAGUCAAAUAACACGGUCAUUUGUCGAGGCGGAUGUAAAUGUUUUCAUACUGUUGAUAAUCUUCACGGUUUUAAUUUGCUGCAGAAAUAAAUAUGUUUUGUCUUUUGUCCCGAGGAUUUUCGGCUUCGUCCCGGGAGAUAAUGGAAUCUCUAUCCACGCGCAGGCAGCUUACAGUAAAGGAUAAAGAGUAGAACAGAAUACAGGGUUUUAGAGCUGUCAGGGAGCCUCUGUGAAGGGUUUACAGUGACAGUACAACACAAAAGAGCUCUCUGAAGGGGUUUCACAGUGAUACGGCGAGACGUGUUGUCAAACUCUGUGACUGUCAACAAACAGCUGUGAAAUUAAAGCCACGCUCAGUUUUUUGUUUCAGACACGGUGUCUACUCAUAAUAUAGGGGACGUAGCUGGAGGUAGCUCAAGAAGAUUCAUGGCUCAGGAGUUCAUUGAUCACACACACGCUCCGUAGACAUGGAACUCCACCGACUCGGUGUGAGCUCCAGCGUCUGGCAGUGGUGCGGAGGUUUUUAAUCGAGACCCUCUGGCGGAGAGAGAUUUUUCUCGGCAUCAAAGAAUCUUUAGGUCAUUUGAAAGAGAAAAUACGCGGAAGGCAGCUCUGGCUCGGUUUUUCCAGCAUAACCGCUCGUGUAACUGAUGUAACCUGUCAGGCCGGCUGCAGACAGAGCUGCCAGCUGUGAUCUGCGUCAGACAUGCUGCUGCGCCAGCAUCUGCUCUGUGGCCACUGCUGACGUUCCUCUGGAUCAGCUGGCACCGACAGGCGCAGCACUGGCCUCAAAGUCAACACCAGUCGCAACGGUCGUAACUUUGAACCAAAGUGGAAAAUUAUGCUGCAUCAUUAUUCUUGGGACAGGCCUAACAGGUGAUUAGAGCUGGUGGGUUCAUGGUUGGCACGUCAAGCAGUAGUGCUGAGGUGGCUGGCUCUCCUGAAGGUGAUCCUCAGCUUCCUGCAGCAGGGCAGCCGAUGGGUUGUGUAACAGUGACAGAGUCCCUGCCUGUUUUAUGACUAUAUGGUGUGCAUGUGGAUGCAUAAGAUAAGAUAAGAUGCAUUUAUUAGUCCCAAACACAUGCAAAGGCACACUCAUGCAGGAAGGGGAAUUUAAUCUCUGCUUUUGACCCAUCUGGUGCAGUACACACAGAGCAGUGAGCAGCCAUGUACGGCGCUCGGGGAGCAGAUGUUGGGGGAGUAAGGUGCCUUGCUCAGGGGCACUAGACAGGAUAGGGAGACUCUUGGAUUUUUGGACAGAUCAAUCCAGGUUCGUCUUUUGUUGUCUCUCCGUGGAGUCGAACCAGAGACGAACCAGAGACCUUCUCUGCCCAUAGUCCAAGUUUCUGCCACUAGUUAUGAUGUAAUUAGUAAACCAUGUUUAUCAAUAUUGUGACAUUAUAUCUUGGUUGAACUUUUUAACUUUUCUUGUUUUUGUGUUGCCUAAUUUGGAAUGUAACAUUUGGUUUUACUUUAAUUCUUCCAAUGUUUAUUUAUGAUAUAUUGUAAGGUCUCCUUGUCUGUCUAGAAAGUCACAGUGAAAAAAAACCCCUGAAAUAAUAAUAAUAAUGGUGAUUUGUAGCAGGGAUUCACAGCCAGCAAUACCAUUGUGUACGAGUGAAGUUUGUGGAGGAACUCAUCUAAUUUGGAAUAAAUAGACAAACAUUUGGUUUGUUUUCUUUGAACCAGUUUCCCCUUAUUGAGUCAGCUGUGUUGACAGCAGAUCAACGCAAUUGCAAGGAAGCUGAGACGUUGGGCUAUUACCAUAAACUGAUGGCUGCAGGGGUCAAAACCGAGAGCUGGUUAAAUAGGAGACGUAGUGAAAUGGCUAAAGGUCAGUGACAGAGAGAAUAAUGGGUUCAGCUAAACAUCAGCAAAGUCUGCAAACAGAUGUCCUGCAGUCACUCAGAAAACUGACAUGAACACAUGAACACAGAAAACCUCAAAAUCCGACUUGAACGACUUCAUGAAGCACAAGCUGGAGCUUCUGAAAGGACCUCACAGUCCUCGGACUUGAUCAAUGAGAACUAGAGGAGUGGGUGAAAUCAGAUCCAAGAAUAGUUGAGCUCUGACUCCUACAAAUAAGCUGUGAUAUCUGCCUGACUCAGCCUGGUGUUGAGCCAAGCUUUUGCACAGGCUAAUGUGCAAAAGCAAAAAUUACUUUGAGUCACUUUUAUUUGUAUAAUUCAUGAAACAAAAAUUACAGUCUGUUAACAUUUGAAGAAAUGCUAAAUUGUAUUUAUUUUUGCUGCAGUGGUUUCACUUCAGAAAACAAGAUACACGACGUCAAAGAAAGUUUCCAUACAAUUAUAAUUAUGGAGAAACGGUUGAACUAUUUGCUAAAAGUAAUGGAUAUGCUGUGUAAAUAGCUAAAGGUCAAGGAUAGCCAAUGACGUAUAGAUAAAACCUAAUGGUUAAAUGGCUUCAUAUCAAAUUAUAAGGGUUUAGAAAAAAUCUUAAAGUAAUGAAGCAAACUAAUAAAUGGAUGAAAUAAAUGUAUUUUAAAUAUUAUUAUUAUAUUAAUAUAUGAAAAUAUUCCUUAUUAAUAUCAAGCACAUUAAUAAUAUUCUGGAGAAUAAUAAAUGUUGAUAAAUGAA